AUGGUGGAAUGGACCUCCUACCUGUAUCAACCCAUCGAGUCGUGGGGUUUAAUGUUUGGACUCCAAAAGAACGAAGCUCUUCCCGGAGAAAAGAAGAUCCGUUACACUGCAACAGCUGCUUCCGAGAUCCCGGAUAUCGAUUACAAGAAGUCAAGUGACGUAGACAGGAUCAUAUGGAUGGUAGCAAAAAUUCUCAGCAUGGCCAGACAUAAGUUAUUCCGUGGAGGAAGCACCUUACACAUUACGUCUCAACUGCUCAAAGAAGCUGAAGAUCUGGUGGUGAAAGAUGUACAGAAAGAGCUAAAGGAUGAAAUUGAGAAAACGGAUCAGAAGGGGCGAAAGGGCGGUCGUUACGCGUCUUUGAAUCCCGGAAAGGAUGAGCAUGGUUAUUACGUGGUCGGCCAACGUUUGAAAAAUAACAAUCCCAUGACCCCUGAUGCGUCGUUGCAAAAGUUGCUCCCAACCCACCAUCCAGUCACGCGAUUGUUCAUGGAACGUGCUCAUAAGCAAUGCGUGCAUAGAGGACGGGAUUCCACUUUGGCUCGUUCUAGACAGAAGUAUUGGAUCGCACAAGGAAGCAAGAUCGCGCAGACCGUCAAAAGCAAGUGUCAGUUGUACAAGCUUCGUGAUGCAAUAUUGGGAGAACAAGAAAUGGGACGGUUGCCAGAAGCACGGCUCAAACCAGCACCCCCGUUCACCGACACCAUGGUAGAUUUAUUCGGUCCAUAUGUUGUUCGCGGUGAAGUCCAAAAACGUACCAGUGGAAAAGCGUAUGGGGUCAUUUUCACCGACUUGGUGUCCCGAGCGGUUCAUAUUGAAGCAGUUUACGGUUAUGACACAAGCUCGUUUCUCCUGGCGCUCAGCUGAUUUGCAAGUAUUCGCGGAUGGCCUGAAUUCAUUUACAGUGAUCCUGGUUCACAGUUAAUCGAGCAGAAAGAGAGCUUAAAGAAGCCUGGGAUAAGAUCGAUCGAAGCCAGUUACACAAGAGUGGUCUACAAAAUGGUCUAACGUGGAAAUUUGGAUCAGCAGAUAGUCCUUGGUAUCAAGGAGCAGUGGAGUCUCCUGUGAAAGCAGCCAAGAGAGCAAUUGUCUUUGCAGUGGGCAAACGUUGUCUUACGGUGUCCGAGUUCCUGACGGUGUGCUCCGAAUCUACUCAACGAGAGGCCAAUUGGAACAUUGCCUUCCCUCGAUUCCGAUCUAAACGUCUUUACUCCGAAUAGUCUCCUGUUAGGACGCUCGACAGCCAAGAAUCCUGGAGGAUGGCAACCUUUCACAUACAGCCAGAGUCCGAAGACGAGAUACAGUCUGGUGCAAACAGCCGUAGAAGAUUUCUUGGAAAAGUGGAUACAACUAUAUGCUCCUCUCUAGUUGUCCGUCGCAAAUGGCAUGUCAACACAAGAAAUUUACGUCCCGGUGACGUCGUUAUGAUCGCGGACAAGAAUGUGAUGCGGGGAGAAUACCGUCUCGGAGUUGUUAAAGAGGUCUUUCCUGAUCAGGAUGGAAAAGUCCGUCGAGUUCUGAUAACGUACAAGAACUUUCGUGUUGGAAGCCGUCGGCAAGAUUAUGGAAUCAGUGAAGCUGUUACUGUUUCUCGAAGCGUUCAGCGUUUGGCACUACUCGUACGUACUACCCGUGGAAACAGAAGAUGGAGACAAGGAAGAUGUUUGCAAAACGGAAACAUAGAACUAGGAUUAUUACGGACACGUAUUUUACAUUAUGUUAUUUUGUUAAAAGCGGUAUCGUAUCGACCCCAUCCUCCCGGUGUGUUGGUAUGA